CUCGCACACGACCUGCGUCUCUCCCAAACAGCCCGUGAUCGUGGUGCGCUACGCCCAGCUAGGCACGCGAGCCGCAAAAGUGAGCUGCGUUCCUGGCUCGUUUGCGCCCGCGAACCCUCGAAGAAGCAAUUUGCGUUCGACCCCAACUUUCGGCACCCAGGCUUGCCCAACUGUGGCGUCUGGCUAUCAAGACGAGUCUUGUGCGUGCCCGGCUGCUGCCGUGUCACCGUUCGUAAAUUCAGGUAGGCCCGGGGGUGCAUGUCCUGCGUUUCAUCUCGACCGGGAGCUUGUGAAGCCUCGACCUCUGCCUUUCUUCUCGCUGCUGACGUCCGGACAACUCUUACCUCGAUGCCUGCCGUGCCUCGAGCUUAAGGCGUCUUUACCCGUCUGAGAUGCUGUGCGACCAACAAGCUAGGAGGUGACGCUUGCAUACCUCGCCAUGGCAAAUUCAAAGUACGAAUACGUACGCAACUUUGAGCAGCCCGACAACCUGCUGCCGAACACCUUUGUCGUGGUCCGCAUAGACGGCCGGGGCUUUACAAAACUUACGACCAAGUACAACUUCGUCAAGCCCAAUGACCGCCGCGCACUGGACUUGAUGAACGGUGCGGCUGAGGCCGUCAUGAAAGAUUUGCCGGACCUUGUUCUGGCUUACGGGCAGAGCGAUGAAUUUAGUUUCGUCUUUCACAAGGACUGCAUGCUCUUCGAACGACGCGCCAGUAAGCUCGUGACAACCAUUGUAUCGACAUUCACUGCGAACUACGUGCUUGGAUGGGCCAAGUACUUCCCAGACCACCCCCUGACGGCUCCCUUACCCUCAUUCGACGGACGGGCAGUAUGCUAUCCCAGCAACACUAAUUUAAGAGACUAUCUGAGCUGGCGGCAGGCUGACUGCCACAUAAAUAAUCUUUACAACACUACUUUCUGGGCUCUCGUCCAACAGGGCGGUCUCGAGAACCGCGUCGCGGAGAAGGAACUAUCGGGCACUGUUUCUGGCGAUAAGAACGAAAUCCUGUUCAAGAGGUUCGGCAUCAACUACAACAACGAGCCGGAUAUCUUCAAAAAGGGCAGCGUGCUCUACAGAGAUUUUUUCCCAACCUCGACGCAAUCGUCGCCGACUCCCGCGAAGUCUCCAAUAAUACAUCAUCCGACGCCGCAAUCGAUAGCAAGACCAAUGUCUCAACCAUUGGAACUGACACAUCACGACCUCUUCCGCUCUUCACCGGCGUCCGGAACGUCGACAGCAACUGCAUCGACGCCUCGCGGACCGACCUUCCUUUCCACGUCUACAACCCCGUCUCCGCCGCCUUCGCCACCCACAAUCCCGAUGCCCUUGUUCACAGAAGCUUUCAAAGAUCAGACCUCUGUUGGAUACCCGUCAACUUUCUCGCUCUCGACCUUCUCACCCCUUUCUCCGUCCGCCAACGCAUCGGCUCCACGCCAUGCUGCUUUGCAGCCCAUACCGCUCCCUCCACCAACUCUCAAACCAAGCACACGUCCACCUCUGUCUCUGAAUCCACCGAACUCGAUAACGCAUGCCAACACUUCACCGAUGCCUUCUCCAUACGUACCGUCAUCAGCAGCUUAUCCAUCACCUACAAUAUCCAACUCCAAGAAACCCGUAAAACCAAUCUCGCACUCCGCAAGCGCGUCGCUCUCGCUCCACCCCAAGCCACUAGCACCGUCAUACAGACCAACACCUAAACGUAGUCCCAGCUUAUCCGUCCUCGAAAGCGGACUUGCUCGCGGACCUCCACAGAUCCCGCAACGCUUCUCCUCCAUCCCUCCCGAACAGCCACCGCGCAAGCUCUCCCUCCCGACGCAAAAGUCCCACGCCCUCCUCCGUCAAGAAGCAUCCGACCUCGCCGUCGCCAACCCAGCGAACACGUCCUCCUACCGCGGCGCAGGUCGCCCCCGGACCCCACCCAGCCAACUAAUGACAAUGAAGGAGCUUCCCAGUCCGCCAACCGGCGAGUACGACAUCGGCGGUGUGCGCGGCGCAGUCAUGGGGUCGUCGCCACAGCCAUGGAGCCAGAGUCCGCCGCCACCCACGCGUGGCUCAGCGAUUUCAGCGGGCGGGUCCAGCGGACACGGCGAGAUGGAGAACCUGAUUGUGAAUCCGGUGAUCCCGCCGAGUCCGCCGGGCGCGUCGCUGCGGAGCCACUCGCGUGCGGGAAGCAGCUACUCGAAGAGCUAUUCGUUUCCUGCGCCGCCGUCUUCGGGACCACCGACCAGUAGUGGAGAGCAGUUCGCUUCAUUCGAUUGGGGGAACAAAGAGGAAGUGGAAGUGCCGCCUGAGGUGCCGGAGAAGUCGAAGGGGAGGCAGAUAAAGGGCAAAGGAGAGAAGGGGAAGAAAGUGCUGGGGAUUGAAGAUGAGGGGUGGAAGGAGGGGCUGGAUGGGCGGCCGAAGACGAUGAGUAAGACGCAGAAGGAGAAGGAGAGGAAGAAGAGGGGGAAGGCGAGGAUUGUGACGGAGCAUGUGGAUAUCAUUGGGGAUUCGUUUUGGGAAAGGAGACCGUGGAUUUUGAGUGGAAGGGUGGGGUGAGUGGGACAGUAAGAUAAGAGGCGAGUAGUGAGAGUUCGUGCGGUUCUGUUGAGGGUCUAUUUGGUUAUGCAUAGCGUAGGCACGGGUGUACAGUGUGAUGUCUUUCUCCACUUCGUUUUGGGAUGUAUUAUCUAGGAGUAUUGUGGACGAUUGACGAAUGCCA